AUGCCACGAAAUGUGGCUGACUUGAAUGUGAAUCUGAAGGCCAAWGCUGUAAAAAGCAGUGGUCCCCUCGGCGCUGGGCUGGUCCAGCUGGCCCACCUCCACACGUCCCCCAACAGCCAGGCCCCAGUYCCCGCUCUGCCAGAGAAGGGAGGCAAGACGCGCCACGGCAUCAUCCCUGAGGAGCUCUUCCAGAUCCUAUACCCCAAGACUGGAGUUACAGGGCCCUACGUGCUGGGUGCUGGGCUGCUCACAUACAUCCUUUCCAAGGAGAUCUACAUCAUCAACCACGAGACCUUCGCUGCUGCCUGCAUGGGUACGGUCAUCAUCUAYGGUGUCAGGAAGUUCGGCCCCGACGUUGCGGCUUUCGCUGACAAACUGAACGAGGAGAAAGUUCAGAAGGCUCAGGAAGUGAAGGACCUGGCCAUGACCAGCUUGGCUCAGGCCGUUCAGGAUGAGAAGAAGGAGCAGUGGAGGGCAGAGGGACGACAGAUGCUCUUCGACGCUAAGAGGGAGAAAGCAAGUAUUGCCAAGUGCAUCACAGACCUGAAGGGGUUGGCUAAAAUCCAGCAGGCUAAGACCGCGGCGUAACUCACCACUGUACUGUCUCUAGACCGUCGCCACUCAACCCCCAACUCAUUGAUGGCCACUUUUCAUUACAAAUCAACUAUUUCCUCUUAAUGAUAUGGUCUCUGUCUCUGUCCAUGUUAUGAGUGUAUAUACACAUCGACUGAUCAUAAAAUAAAAGGUUAAUUUUAUUCACUAA